CGAACACAAGACAAACAAGAUGCGCUGCUGCUCGCUUGUUGUGGCCGCUGCUGCGGUUGUUGUGGCGCUUGCUGCGACGACGGCCGUGCACGGCUGUGGCCGCUGGGUUGCCAGCACCGCCUUUGAGCCCAUCCCUGACAAUGCGUUUCCUGUCAAGUGGGACGCCCACCCAGACGACAAGGAGCUCUACUACUGCAGCUGCCACAACUACACUGGCAGCGCAUGGAACGAUGACGCCGGGUUCGGCCCUGGGUGGAAGUGCUGGUACACGACAGGCUCCAACCGGGACUUUUGCCAUGUGGGCGACUUCCGCGUGCUGGUUUCCGACUUCCCAUCCUCCACGGGCCCUCGCGUCGUCAACUCCACAACAACGCGCCCCGUGCCAAAGGGCACGCUCCCCGGAUACAAUGUCAACGACCAGUUCUCCUGCGUCCAGCAAGUGACCAUCCGCAGCUCCCCGACCACGGUCCCUGGCUCCCUUGCCAUCGACUCCAACACCGGCAACUACGUCUGCAAGAGCGUCACACCAAACGGGUUGGUUGGCCAAUGAGCCUGUUGUGUUGUGCAGUGCUGGAAAUGGAGACGUGAUGAUGGCGUGAACAGAGUGGAGCGCCUUGCAGUUGGAGUGGAGUGACUUGCAGUUUGGCUCUGCCUUGGCUUCAUGUUGGCUCCAUGUUUGCUGUAUCCCUGACUGUUUAUCGUUGUGUAUGCAUGCCUUUCCCUCUUUUUUUCCGAUGCCCCCUUCCACACCAGCUUCCAACACGUUCCACAUCUCACCUUGCUGCUGCGUUGCUCUCCCCCUCUCUCUUUUCGACUCUUUUCUCUCUCUCUCUCUCUUUUCUCCUCUCUUUUCUCGCCCCCC